AUGGCUCAUCUGAAGCUACUCAGCGCCUGUCUGAUUCUGUUUAUCCUGUGUCACACUUUAUCGACCACGUGCCAGUGGACACAGUUUAAACUGGUGGAGCUGAAUAAUAAGUGCAUACAGCUGCUGAAAGAUAUGGGAGGCAACUUUCCGAUUGUGUGCCUUAAAGAGAACAUCAAACUCAAGUUUCCAGAGGGUGUUUAUAGAUUGUCAGGACAUACUCAGGAUGACAUCGCUUUUAUAGCGUACGAGGCACUGAACUACGUUGCAAAAAUAUUCAGUAACAACAUGGAUUCUACCACUUGGAACAAUAAAAAAAUACGGCUCUUCAAAAACUUGUUACAUCGUCAAGUUGAAAAUUUGGAGGAGUGCGUAAGAAGUGAGAUGCCUUUCUCCGGGGAUGGAAGUUUCCCGGCAGCCAAUAUGAUACUGAAGGAAUAUUUUGAGGAACUGGGCACGCUGUUAAAAGAUAAGGGUUGGCGCCUCUGCGCGUGGGAGAUCGUGAGGAAAGAAGUUAGACAUAACCUUGAGCAAUUGAAGAUGUUCCUAGAAAGGAGAGGAAGACAAUGA